AUGCCCCAAACCACCGUCUGCAGAUGGCUUCCCAAGGACCGAGCAGUCGUUGACAGAUUCGUGGACGAAUACUACGGGCGUAGUUGUCUCGUCCAUGGGCGUAGCCCUAAAACCGGCAAGCGUGUCGCGGAGGUGGGGGAGAAGCUGGAGUCAGCGAUACGCAAAUCCGGCGUUAGCGUUAACCCCCGCACCCUGCGGUGCCACUACCGCGUCCGGGACGGCGAGAAGGAAUUUGUUUGCACUGUCCGCGAGUUGGACACUAUAGUGCAGGAAUUCAAAGAUUACAUUGAAAAGGAGCGCGUGGUCUACGAUGCGUUCAAUGCGAUGUUCGAGCAGGCUCCCCCGCCUGCUGAUGGAACGGGUAAUGCAAAGAUCAACAACUAUGAGGACCUAAUGGAGAUGUUCGACACGAUCCUGACGACAGCACCUUCCCAUGGCGGGGACAGUGCGAGCGACAUGGCGGCGUCUGUUCCCUUUUACGCUGUCAUUUCACGUUUCUGCAACACUCCUGCGGGCUAUAUCGCGUUCACCCACCCUGGAGUAAAUAAGAAAUUCUACAGGCUAUUCAUGAAAUGGAACGAGUUCCUCGCGUCACCAGCGUCCAAGAGGGUCCUUCACAGUGGAGACGGCGGCUGGCUCAGUACGGCAGCGCUCAAUGAGAUUGUCGAGUACGCUGGUGGAGACCCUGCGCAGCAGACAUUUGACAGCAUUUACAUUUGUGAUACCAGCGAUCCUCACUACGGUUACAAGUCCUAUGACGAUUUCUUCGUCAGGGAGUUGAAAGCCGCCCACCGCGCCGUUGUUUUUCCUGAGGACCCAGCGAUCGUUAAUUCAGCAUGCUCGUCCACCAUCAACCACAUCCACUCCAACCUCAAGAGGAUUGAUAGAUUCUGGCUCAAAAACACCCCUUACUCCCUCAACCAUAUGCUCGCAGAAGAUGAACUUGUUGACCAUUUCGUCGGCGGGACUCUUAUCCAGGCUAUGCUUGCAUCUCUCGAUUAUCACCGUUGGCGCAGUCCCGUAAACGGUACCGUCGUAAAGACACGCCUCAUUGCGGGCAUGAAUCAUGGUAACCAACCGCCGCCUACCUACUUCGCGGCUCGCUGGGACGAUGAGGAGGAUCCAGACGUCGUUACUCGCUCGCAGGACUUCGUCACGGCCAUAUCUACCCGUGCUUUGAUUUUUAUCCAAGCUGAGGAGCCCGUUGGCUUGAUGUGCUUCGUGGGUGUUGGCUUAUGCGAGGUGUCGUCUUGCGAUAUUACCGUCAAGGAGGGUCAGGUACUCAAGAAGGGCGAUCAGCUGGGCAUGUUCCACUUCGGAGGAUCUACCCACUGCCUCAUCUUCGGCGGUGGCGUGACCGUGACGCCGAUCAUGCAGCCUGGCAAGGACGACGACGGCAACGACAUCGAAAUACCAUUGAAGGAAUCGAAGGUGCGAGUUGGCAAAGACAUCCUCACCGUAGCAAAGAGGGUUUGA